AUGUCUCUUGAUAAUACAACUUCUAAUGAAGAUUCUGAUCUGCAAUAUUUAGUUACUUUUGAACGUGACUACCAUGGUGAAUUGGUAAUCGAUCAAUUAUUAUCAUUAGAAUCACCCACUUUUAAUCCUAUUCAAAAUAUCCAUCCACUUCAUAAAGGAUAUGCUACACUUCCCCAUGAACUUCAACUAGGUAUCGUAUCACCACUUUCACUCUUUCGAUUAUUUUUUACCAAUGAGCAGUUGCAGUUAAUGGUCGAGAACACUAAUACAUAUGAGCAAGUAAAAGGUAGAGAAGGUGGUCAGGUUUGGAAUCCGUUAACUUUAAAUGAACUGAAGAUUUGGCUUGGGCUGAUCAUUUACAUGGGAGUUCAUCAUAUUAAUGCAUUAGAUGAUUUGUGGAAUCAAGACGAUAAAAGGACGAACCACAAAAUUAAAAGGUUUAUAUCUCUUUAUAGGUUCCAACAAAUUAAAAGAUUCUUUCAUAUUUCUGCACUAGGUCAACUUCAUACACAAUGGUACUUGAAGGUCGAACCAUUCACGUCGCAUAUUCAAAGUACAGUUAAAAAAUAUUAUGUCCCUAGUUCACAAGUAUCUAUUGAUGAAAUGAUCGUACAUUUUUCCGGGCGAAGUAUACACACAGUAAGGGUAAAAAACAAACCUACACCAGAGAGGUAUAAGAUUAUUUCUCUAUGCGAUUAUAGUUAUACAUGGGCAUUUGUGUUUACUUCGCGAGUUAAAAAAAAUGACUUGAUAGAAUCUAUUUCCGGGCUUAAUAAUAUUGGAUGCUUGAUCGCACAUUUGGCCAAUGUGCUCCCUAAUAAUAAAAUGUAUUACAUAUAUAUGAAUAAUUAUUUUUCAAGUAUUCCGCUUUUUAAAUAUUUACGAGAAAAGGGUAUGGGUGCCUGUGGCACCAUUCGUACAAAUUUAUUCAGGUUUCCUAAAGAAUUAAAAAUUGGCAAAAAAAUAGCAUUAGAUUGGAAUACACUUUUGGAAAAAGUAAUUAAUGACAUUUUGGCUAUUUUUUGGAUAGAUAAUGGCCCUGUAACAAUGCUAACUACCAUUCAUGAAAUCGUUGGUGAAAAUUGGAAAGUUAUUCGUAACAGGAGACAACCCCGUAAAACAAGUUUCAAUGCAAAUACGGUGUGUCGUGUUUUUGGAGAUAGACAUCGAAAAGAAUUGGAGAUCUUAUGGAUAAUUGAUGACUACAACCAUUACAUGGGUGGGGUAGAUAUCGCUGACCAACUUCGUGAAUAUUACAACUGUCAAUUGACAGUUAGACGAACAUGGUUUCCUUUAUUUUUUUGGAUUCUUGAUACUGUUCUUGUAAAUUGUGUAAUUAUUUAUCAUAAAGUAACUAACUCGAAUAUCUCAAGUAAAGAUUUUAGAAUUAAUUUAGUGCCUCAAGAUCUUCAAACUUCAUCAAAAGGAAAACGAAUCGUCAUAAAUAAAAAAUAUGAACUACCUGUAACUCGCUUAUUAGGGGGUGACCAUUUUGUUGAAUGGAGAGAAAAAAGAAUGGCUUGCAUUUAUUGCUGUUACUUGGCACAACAUGGAGCAAAAGAUAUUAAUUCUGAUAAUCCUCUACAAACCCAGCUCUGGUGCACUAACUGUGAAGUGCUGUUAUGUUGCUCUAAAGCAAGGCCGACUUGUUUUAGAAACUUUCACUUAAAAGAUAAUAAAAAUUAA